UUCAUUUUGCAUUUGCAGUUAUAAAAAUGUCGGCUUCUUUGAUAUCUGUGCCCUAUGUGAGACCGGCAGUCCUAAUUAGAAGUUUAAAACACCAGUUGUCAUGUCUUUCUAUCAGAGGAAUUCACAACCAUAGCCGUGAAACGACUUCAAGUCAAGAAUGUUUUGUACUUCACAGCGGCCCUUUUUCAUACCACCAACCAAUGAGGACCAAAGAAACUAAUUCAGUCCCAAGUUCCACUAAACAAACUCUUAGCUCACAGAUUACUCAGAAAUACAGAUUCCUCAAUGGAUCAGUUACAGAUAUAAUUGCUGAUAAUGUUAGACCAAACCUGAAAUACGACUGCCCGAAGUUAACAAACGUUCAUACAGAAAUUAGUACACCUUCAGUCAUUAAAAUAAUACCAAUAUUGCCAAUAGAUGAUCCAGGAACCAGUCAUAUUGAGAAAGAUUCACCGGGAACCAGCACAUUAGAAAAAUUGGCCAACAAGGGUCUAAUGAAAGUAAGACGGCGAAAAAUGAAGAAACAUCAGAGAAAGAGAAUGAAGGCAAGAAUAUGGCCAAUGUUGAGGAAACAGCGAUUUCAGAAGGAAAAGAAGAAGAAGAAGAUUUUGGACAUGAAGUUAGAGGCGAUGAGAAAAAUAGGAGAGGAUUAUGAUGCAUUGGAAGAGGUUAAGAAUUCCCUACGAAUUGCUAAAACUAAGGGGUAUUAUUUUAAUAUCUUCAGUGAGAAGUCCAAGACUUUCGGCUUUGCUGAUGUUCUUAAACAGAAAAAGCAGUGACAUGAAAAAAAAAAUUGAAUUAGUAUUUACAAAAAAUUUAAAGGACUGUAUGUGUAUGUCUUUUGUUAGGUUUAUAUUACUUGGUUUAUAAAAAUUGAUCUUUGCUAUAAAAACACUACAUGUAUUGUUAAUGGAAAUCUUAAAGGUUCCUUAGAGAAUAAAUUUCCUGAUUUGCA